ACGAACAUCCAGAACAAAUCCAAGCCAUCAUCUAGCGCACUGCGUGUAGCACAACUUCCCUCUCCCUACCUCAUCACCCCCCAGACAUAACCGUAGCUCCGCACCCACACGUACGCAGCGCGAAACGCGGGGAAAAAAAUCACGAAACCACGAGCAAGACGAUUGAGGUGUGUAUCGCGUACGUGUGGUGAUCCGUGGGUGAGUCCGUCCAACAUAGACAAGACAAGGACACCAAACGCGAUGAGGAAGAAAAACGAUAACCGACGCGUCGACGGCCCUUUCUCGUCCUACCCACAAUCAGCUCCCCCCCAGCCUAAAAUGCCCGGUCCAGCAGCGUGAUUACGCUACAGCACGACCGCGCCGGGCGGAAGCGUCGCGGUGGUCGUGGUCAAAAUCUUGUGCGCUUUACGAGCCACGAGCCAGGGCGUUGUCGGUCGGUCGAGGACUCGAGGGGAAUUGUAAAACGCGGUCCUAACCCAGAAACCGAACCAGGGCGAUGAAAUGAAAGGAGGGGGCUGGAGAAAACAAGGGGAUAAGAUGGUCGACGGUCAAUGUAUGCGGUCGAUGGAGGAUGGUCGAUGAUAACGAAGAUAGGUAGGCGUUCCAUUCAACGAAACCAGAUAGCACGAAACCAGACAGGACGUCAGGACACGACGCGACACGACACAAACACACCGGCAGAUGAGACAGCCCGAGUCAAAACGGGACGUAACAGCGGAUGAAGAGAAUCAACGAACCAACAAGCGAAAGAACGGUAGAUAGGAGAAAGCAGCUGGGUAGACGACGAAUUUAUGAAAUUGCAUAGGAUAUAAAACAAGAAAGCUAGCGUAUGAGCGGUAUGAGUGGUAAGCUGUCAGACUCGGGGGUGUGCGGACGACGUCGAAUGAAGGUCAGAGGGGGCGAAGAGGAAUGUGGCAAGCGAAUGAAGGUGAGAUUGAGAGAUGAUAGUGAAGGUGAGGUAGAUGAGGAUGAGAUCACAAAAACAUGAUAAUACACUGCAGAAAAAACCAACACUUUUUCCAAAAACCCCGAGUGAAAAACCUUCGAGUGAAAAAGGACCGUCCUUCAUUACCACUUCCC